GCUCCUUCGUUGACAUACAAACACGGAAACGUGCUUCAAAGGACGCACUGUAUAGAGGAAGCAGUAUCGGCGGUGUGCUACACGUCUUGGGGGUCUGUGUUUGAGAAACGAUGUGGAGGCAUGGGAAAAGCGGCGGCCAGGGGACAUAGGUCGGAGGGAACCAGGAGGAACCGAGGAGGAUCUGCACCGUCACCCAGAACUUGGCGGACUCUUCAGUCUCCAGUCUGCAGACUCUCGGGACCAGAUACGUCGUUUUCAGUCACCUCACCCAGCUGGAGAGCCGCUCCUUCGAGGCUGCAGCAGAGAAGCUCUCAGAGGACGGGUUACUGCACAUGUCAAGCUCUGAGCUGCAGGGAAUCAUGAGACGCUUGAGCUCAAACUCAGAGGACCGCUCUCGCCUCACUACUGGACUUUCCUGUUUGAAGACUGUUAAUGAAAAAGGAGGCGACCCAAGGCUAGGCUCCUGCAGCUCUCAGUCCCUACAGGGCAGCAAUGCCUUCCCUCUCUUUAGCCCAUCCUCCAGCUCCAGGAACCCUCCAACUCCCCUGCAACCCAACAGCGUACACGGCCGUUCCAUCUCCAUAUCAGUGGUACCUUGCUCAGAUGACCAGCGGCCGAGCAUAUCAGCCGAGGAAAUGACUGAUGCAUUCAUUUUGGAGCCGAGCACCCCUCGAGGCACCCGAGCCUCAAAGGCACAACCUGCCAAGUCUUCCCACACACCACCACCGCCUUCCCGCAAACUGCUGCAGCUCCUGCCCAACAUUGCACUGACAAGAAGCAAAAGCCAUGAGUCACAGCUGGCUAACCGGAUAGAGGAUUCUGCCACACACAAGGCCAAGAACAAAGCGACUGCAAUUCAGAUCAACAACUGUGGAAACAGUCUUGAGGAGUCAGCGCUGCGGUCACCUCUCUCUGCCCGAACGUUGCCCGCUGGCCCCAUACUGCUGGACAACAUGUCCAUGCAAAGGAGUUCGCCCCGGACAAUGAGACGAGACAUUGGCCUGGCUGUAACACACAGGUUUUCAACCAAGUCCUGGCUCUCCCAGAUGUGCCAAGUGUGCAACAAGAACGUGAUGUUUGGUGUCAAGUGCAAACACUGCAAGUUAAAGUGCCACAACAAAUGUACCAAAGACGUGCCCUCGUGUCGAAUAUCGUUCCUCACAUUGCCAAGGAUUCGCAGGGCCGAGUCGGUGCCAUCAGAUAUCAACAACAGGAUUGAUCAUGCGACAGAGAUCCCACUACAGUUUGGUACUUUGCCAAAGGCGAUGGCCAAAAGGCAGGACCCUGUCCCCAGUUUCAACCAGCUGGACUCCAGCAGUAACCCGUCAUCAGCCACCUCCUCCACGCCCUCCUCCCCAGCACAUUUACAGCAGAGCAACCCCCCGAGCGUCAGCGCCACCCCUCCGCCCAACCCGUCACCGCAGGGCUCCCGGGACGACCGCUUCCACUUCCCAGAUGUUCCCGAUUCAAGCAAUGUUCUUCACUCUGGCAGCUGCUGUGAGUCUGGAGUGUCGCAGGUGGCCGUCACUGAAACACAGCUAAUAGCAGCUGAACAGAAUGGGGGGGAAGAGGCCUCACCGGGUGAUGACGAGGAAACCGCUCACAAAGUCGAGUCCACUGAGGAGUUUGAUGAGGACGGUCUGGAAGAUCUGCCCUCGUCCACGUGCCACCGUGACGCCGCCGGCCGCUCGCGUGGCUUUGUCUCUCGCAAGAUCAGCCAGACCAGUGUCUACCUCCAGGAGUGGGACAUUCCUUAUGAGCAGCUGCAGCUGGGAGAACUCAUUGGCAAGGGCCGCUGGGGGAAGGUGCAUAAAGGUCGCUGGCACGGCGAGGUGGCCAUUCGCCUGCUGGAGAUUGACGGCACCAACCAGGACCACCUGAAGGUCUUCAAGAAGGAGGUGAUGAACUACAGGCAGACCAGGCAUGAGAACGUCGUCCUGUUCAUGGGCGCGUGCAUGGCACCUCCUCACCUGGCUAUCAUCACGAGUUUUUGUAAAGGUUUGACUCUGCACUCUGUUGUAAGAGAAAGAGGUCACUUGCUGGACAUCAAUAAAACCAGACAGAUUGCACAGGAUAUUGUAAAGGGAAUGGGCUAUCUGCAUGCCAAAGGCAUCAUUCACAAGGACCUGAAGUCCAAGAAUGUGUUCUAUGACACAAACAAGGUGGUCAUUACAGAUUUUGGCCUGUUCGGGAUGUCCGGAGUGGUGCAGGAAGGCAGAAGAAAGAACGUCCUGCGGAUACCACAGGGCUGGAUCUACUACUUGGCUCCAGAGAUAGUUCGAAAGAUGAGCCCAGAGCUUGACGAGGACCAGCUGCCUUUCUCUAAAGCUGCUGACGUUUACGCCUUUGGCACAAUCCUGUACGAACUGCAGGUCGGAGAAUGGCCAAUGACCAACCAGCAUGUGGAAACUAAAAUCUGGCUUGUGGGCAGCAACAUGGGCAUUAAGAAGGUGCUGACAGAGGCUAAUCUGGGCAAGGAGGUCACGGAGAUUCUGUCCUCCUGCUGGUCCUCUGGAGCCGACGACAGGCCAACGUUCACCCAGCUGGCGGGCCAGCUGGAGAGACUCCCCAAACUGAACCGUAGACUGUCUCACCCGGGACACUUCUGGAAGACAACCGAGUAUGUAUCGUAGAACCCCGGGGGUACGUUCACAAUCCUCGGUGAAGCGGGCUGCAGCACCCUCCACGCCAGCAUUCAAACCAACAGAACCGCGAUUCGGUGUUUCCAUCUCAUUGAACCAGAAAUUAGACGAACCAGCGCGUCAUCGAUCGAGCAGAAAGCGCUGCAAAUAGUGUUUUGUAAAGAAAUGUGAAUAUUCUGAAGCUGUCCUGCUGGGAAUGAACUAAUAUAAAUUACUCAUGUGACUACUGUUUUGUAUUUUGAUAAAGAGAUCUUGUAAGAAUCAAAUAUUUUCAUAUCUAAGAUGGUUAUUUAUGCUUCUUCUAUUUUCUCAGCCCCAUACACUUUUAGGGGAUAGUUCAGUUUCUGGAGUUGUUUUGGGUACACAUCCUUGGGCAAGGUAAAGUGUUGAAAAUAUUCUGUAAUAUACGCAUAAACUUAUUUAACAAUGUCGAUGGUACUCUGUUCUGACCUGUGUUCAUACAGCCCCGCGCCUCUCCAGAACAGCACAUCAUGACUUUUGGCACACAUUAAGUUAUUUAUUGAUUUCCACCCUGAUGUUAGUUAGAUGUGCACACAACACAAGUCAUUAUUACAAAGUUUAAUCUCCGGUGAUAAAGACAAGUAUAGACACCUGUGAUUGUGGAAGUAGUAACUUAACUCCACGCGGCUCCUCAUACGUCAGCGUGACCGCAUUAAUGAUAAACUAGGCGCUGAUAUGUUAUUUAAGACAGAAUCACACACAGUGUACUCAUUGACUAAAUGAUCUCAUUGCAAUUUUCUCCUUAUGUGGUGAUCAUUUAUAAUAGCGGUUGUGUGUUUUUUUUUUGCUCAGCUGAAGCAAGUUGCACACUUGCUGAGAACAAGUGUUACUCAGGAUGCAGUGUGUGCAGACAAAAGCGACUCAUGCCACCCCUGAAUGCAUCCUGCCCCCCCCAUCCACCCUCUCCACACACACACACACACACACACACACACACACACACACACACACACACACACACACACACACUCACUUACUAGUCCUCUUUGUGAAGACCCUGUGGUCAUCCUCACUGCCACUAGGGCCUACAUGCAUAUUCUCCUGAACAAAUACAGCAGAUUAAUUAAUUAACUAAUUUAUUAAACCUUAAACUGUAUUUAUAACGUGUUAGGCAUCUACUGACAAUACUAUUAAAAGGAGUUGUUUUAACCCUGAUAUUAACUCAUGAUCUGUUUUGUGUUUUUCUUUUCUGUGGUGAGGGAGUGAUUUCAGCAAAGUGCCUCACAACUCAACCACAUCAGGAAGUUGCUAGCUGUGCCUCCAUUUUCAGUCGGUUGUUUAGCAGUUUCCCUCCUUAACUUGAGCGUUGACAUUUUCUCAAAAUAAGAAUUUCACAAAACUGCCCUGCUUAUGAUCAACAUAAAAAAACGUGGAUAUUGACAGGUUAUCCAAAAUGCAUAGGCCUAUCUAUAUGGAGAGGUAGCGUAAAAGUGAUGAGAAAGGCUUGUAUUGUUGUAAUUAGAUACCCAAAUAUGAACAACUGUAUUAUAUGUUUACCUUUUUUUAAUGCCAUGAUAAAAGCAGUACGAUCCACUUCAACCCUUUUAGUUAUGAAAAUCAUCUGAUGAGCAGGAUGUGUCGUCUUCGUGUUUCCUUAGCAAACAGUAAAAUGUGCGCUUGCUGAAUACAACCGAAUGUAAUGGUCGAAUCCAACUAAACACCAUCAGACAAAUUUACCUAAUGCAUAAACAGUACCUGUACAUAGAUGAGGUGUUCUCUUGGAAGUUGUAUUUAAUACAAAGUGUCCAAUUUUCACCAGAGUCCAAAUUGCAAAGCAAUGGCUUGUUGCUUCAUAGUGGACUGGUUUCACUUGUGAAUAGUGUGGAAACAUUUUUAAGUGUGUGUUUUUUUUUUUUGUUUUUUCCUUUUUGGUUUCCUUUGUUCUUGGGUGGGUUGAUGUAAUCUUUAGAUUAUUUUUGUACGGGAUGUGUUGAUAAGAUAUUUGUCUCAACAGCUAAAGACAUUAAAGCUGAUAUUAAAUAA